AUGGGGUGUACAAUCAGCACACAAACACUGGAUGACGAAAGCGAUCCGUUUUUACAGAACAAAAGAGCUAAUGAUGUCAUCGAGCAAUCGUUGCAGCUAGAAAAACAACGUGACAAAAAUGAGAUAAAAUUGCUUCUAUUAGGUGCAGGUGAAUCAGGUAAAUCGACUGUUUUAAAACAGUUGAAAUUAUUACAUCAAGGCGGGUUUUCCCACCAAGAAAGGUUACAAUACGCCCAAGUGAUAUGGGCAGAUGCCAUACAAUCAAUGAAAAUCUUGAUUAUUCAGGCCAGAAAACUAGGUAUUCAACUCGACUGUGAUGAUCCAAUCAACAAUAAAGAUUUGUUUGCAUGCAAGAGAAUAAUAUUAAAGGCUAAAGCUUUAGAUUAUAUCAACGCCAGUGUUGCUGGCGGCUCUGAAUUUUUGAAUGAUUAUGUGUUGAAGUAUUCUGAAAGGUAUGAAAUUAAGAGACGUGUUCAGAGUACUGGGCGAGCAAAAGCUGCUUUCGAUGAGGACAGAGAUAUUUCCAAUAACAGAAGUGGUGUUGACAAUGAUGCGGACACAGUGGCACAAAAUGGGGAUUAUGAUAAAAACAACAGUAGCAGACUUGAUCUACAGGACAUUUGCAAAGAUUUGAACCAAGAAGGUGAUGACCAAAUGUUUGUUAAGAAGACUUCAAGGGAAAUUCAGGGACCGAAUAGACGAAAUUUUAUUCACAAUGACAUUGCUAAGGCGAUAAAGCAACUUUGGAAUAACGACAAGGGUAUCAAGCAGUGUUUUGCACGUUCCAAUGAAUUUCAAUUGGAGGGCUCUGCUGCAUAUUAUUUUGACAAUAUCGAAAAAUUUGCUAGCCCGAAUUAUAUCUGUACAGAUGAGGACAUCUUAAAGGGCCGCAUAAAAACCACAGGAAUUACAGAGACAGAAUUUAACAUUGGUUCAUCCAAAUUUAAGGUUCUUGACGCGGGUGGACAGCGUUCUGAACGUAAGAAAUGGAUUCACUGCUUCGAAGGAAUUACUGCAGUUUUAUUUGUUUUAGCGAUGAGUGAGUAUGAUCAAAUGUUGUUUGAAGAUGAAAGAGUCAACAGAAUGCAUGAAUCAAUAAUGUUAUUUGACACAUUAUUGAAUUCCAAGUGGUUCAAAGACACACCGUUUAUUCUAUUUUUAAACAAGAUCGAUUUGUUCGAAGAAAAAGUGAAAAGCAUGCCCAUAAGGAAAUAUUUCCCUGAUUAUCAAGGCCGUGUCGGCGAUGCAGAAGCAGGAUUGAGAUACUUCGAGAAGAUAUUUUUAAGCUUGAAUAAGACAAACAAACCAAUUUAUGUGAAGCGAACAUGCGCCACCGAUACCCAAAACAUGAAAUUUGUAUUAAGCGCAGUCACCGAUCUAAUCAUUCAGCAAAACCUAAAAAAAAGUGGUAUUAUAUGA